AGGACUCAAGGUUAAAUCUUUACUGAUUAUUAAGGGCAGCUUUGUUUGCACUAUACAAAAAUUUUAAGCACUUAUGCCUUUUCAUUUAGAAAGGUGGAAAAAAUGGGAGCAUGUUUUCAGGAACAAUUAUAAUAACCGCAUAUGAAAAAGAUCCGAGGCUAAUGUAAUAAAUUACAGUUCUUUGUUUCGCCACCUUGCAAGAGCUCAGUCCUACCAAAAGCUGACCUACCAACUGUCCUGAUCGCUCCUCUCUCGGACAAAGCGAUCUUGUCCUUAGCAGGGCACAAAGGACUUUCUGGACUGACAUCCAACAUCCUAAAGCGUUGAAACACAGUCCACUUACUAUUUUCAUGCUCAGCAGUAGGGUUGAGGCAUCUCUCACGAGCUGCCAGGAUUAUACUGGUACACGCGCUGACAACGAUUACAGUUAGCCACUGUGGAACUAUACCACAAAAAACUGGGAAUCAUUAUUUCCCUGGAAACGAUGCUGUCAGCCACUUCAGAGAGCGUUUUCCGUGACUGGCUGGUGCCCAGCAUCGAUGAGGUCCCGACCGAUGCCUGGACAGGAAACCCGAAGUGCCCCACUGCCACGCCAACGCUCAUUCCUCACGUUUUUUUGCACCUACACAGGGAGAGAGCGGCAAUUAUGUGGCAGUUCCUCCCUCUGAUCAAAUGAGAUACGUAGGCAACAGACACUGCAGCUGUCUUGCGCACUAAACGGAAAUCACCGAUACAGUAAACAGAGGUACUUAGCCCUUGGGGCUGAAGUUGGGAGCAGAGUCAAGAGGUGAGCAGGGAAAAAAAGGCAGAAGACGGUGCCUUGGAAGUUAGUCCUGGGGCAUCCCAACAGACUCCCAGCUUUACAGAGCCUUAGACGCCUGAACUGCAGUCCAGUCAGGCACCUAGCUACAGGUCAAAUGCUGAUGAUGGUGAGGGCGACCUUCACCUUGGUCACCCUCAAGGCUCUACGCGCUCUGCCAACCUUUUAACACCGACAUCAGCACGCACAGCUACCUUAACUCAAGCGUAGGAGCUUAUACACAAACUUAUUGUCAAUACAGACACAGUCCGAAAACCUGGAAGAGCAAUCCACGUCUGCCCACGAAGAGGGCUUGAAGGUAAGCCAUCUCCCACAUCACAGAAAGCAAGGAGCCAGAACCCUAAGUCGCAUCAGUUGACAGGAAGAUACAAGACAAAUCACGUGACUCAGUUAAACUUAUAAUAAAAGGUCUAGGCACCGAGAAGUACGCGAGGUUCCACGUGUUCCGAGUCCUGCGCUUCAGUAGAAAAUAAAGCAACUCUUUAAUACUUGAUCAAUAAAUUAUUAGUAGUUUUUUGCCAGGACUAAAAUUUUUCACAAGCAUUCAAUAUCGUAUUUGCCAGGGCGAUGAAAAGAACAGAUUUUACUAGUCCUAGAAAUGAACACAAUAAACACCACAAACGCCAAGCGUACCAUGCAGCAAAAGCAGCCUUGCCAGAACCAGAAAGUGGUUGUUGUAAUCAUCAUGCCAUAUCACCUGGUCACGCUGACCCCAAAAGAAAUAAGAAAUCCCAUUCUGGAGGUCAAGGUCAAAAACUCAGGUUCAUGUGUCAACAUACACAGUCUCACAAAGAAAAUGUAUUUCACAGUUUAAGGAUCUUUAUUGUUUUAAUUUCUCCUCUUCAUUGACUAUUCUAAUAUAAAUUAUUACCCAGCAGAUUUCAAUUCUUAGCUGGUCAUUCCAGUGAAAACAUAAAAUACAAAGAAAUGCAGUUUUUCCAUUACUCAGCCUACAGAGGGGAGAUAUCGGGUCUCUGAAUAUGUCAGUGCGCAUGAUUUUGUAGUUCAUUAAGUCUGUGGUGCUUCAUUUCAUUUUAAGGGUAGACUAAGAAAAGAUUUUUCAUAUAAAUCAUAAUCAUAAGCCAAUCAAUCACUUCAUGACUAUAACUAUCCAGAAACAUACAGGUAUUUUUACAUACAUAAACAAGAACUCAGCUAAAUGUGAAGAUUAUUUUCAAAAAGUUUCUGGAAAUGCUCUAUGUUCUAUCAUCUCAUGCCUCUAAAGGAACCAAAUUUUAAUGGCACAGUGUAAUUGCCAUCAGGUCUGUACCACACAAAAAGUCAGAAAAAUGUACCUAUUUUGAUGGCUAUGGUCAUUCUUUUCUUCAUUAAUGAAGGAAAAAGUAUUUUACUUCCUGCCACGCAGCAAAAGGCAGAGAGAAAGGCAACAGUAAACGUGUUUAACUAACUAAGGCAAUACAUGAAAAAUGGGGAAGGAAGCAACACAUCACCAGCAGACAAAGUCUCAUCUUUGUACACAUUUCCCCAUUCUUAAUACUUUGCUCAAGGCUUCUGUCAGCAGAGGAACAGCGCAUGAACAGCAGAUAACCAAGGACACCGCUGCCACGCUGGUACAGGUACUUGCAGUAUCGUCGCGCUCAUACGGCAUAACGGGGCACGCAGGGAGUGUGGCUCUAACGCGUAAAAGAGGCGGAUGAUCAGGAGCGUUAUUUUAAUCUGCACUGCGAAUGAAGAAUGGUGUGUGCCUGUGUGUUUCAAACAAUGGGAGAAUUUGCAAAUGAGAGCGUCAUCAGCAACUCCAGCGGAACGCCCUCCUCCACGCCGUGCCACCGGGACACCAGGAUUACCCACGUGGUGUUCCCAAUACUGUAUACGUUUGUCUUCCUUCUGGGACUUACGCUGAACAGCUUGGCUUUGUGGGCUUUCUUCCAUAUUCCAAGCACAUCAACUUUCAUUGUCUACUUGAAAAACAUAUUAGUUUCUGAUCUGAUAAUGACCCUCAUGCUUCCUCUGAAGAUCCUUACAGACUCUGGCCUGGGACCAUGGCAACUCAAAGCAUUCGUUUGCCGCUUUUCAGCUGUGGUAUUUUACGAAACCAUGUACAUUAGUAUCGUACUACUUGGUCUCAUUGCUUUUGACAGGUUUCUCAAAAUUGUGAGACCUUUUGGGAAGUUCUGGGUGCAGAAUGUUACCUCAGCAAGAAUUCUUGCGGGCCUGGUUUGGCUCUUCUUCUUUGUUCUCUCUCUGCCAAAUAUGAUCCUAUCAAACAAGGAAGCGACACCCCAAUCCGUGAAGAAGUGCGCCUCGCUGAAGAGCGCCUUUGGGCUGCAGUGGCACGAAGCUGUCAAUUACAUCUGCCAGCUCAUCUUCUGGACCGUGCUAGUCCUCAUGCUGCUCUUCUACAUCAUUAUUGCCAAGAAGGUAUACGAGUCUUACACAAAAACGCAGAGAAAAGACAACAAAAGCAAAAAAAAGAUAAAGGGGAAAGUAUUUAUCAUUUUUACCGUGUUUUUCCUAUGCUUUGCCCCAUUUCAUUUUAGCAGGGUCCCUUACACUCUAAGUCAAACCAGGGGCAGGAUGGGCUGCCGCCUACAGAACCAGCUUUUCGUGGCCAAGGAAAGCACGCUGUGGCUAGCUGCCACGAACGUCUGCAUGGAUCCUUUGAUAUACAUGUUCUUGUGCAAACCAUUUGUAGAAAAGAUAUUAUGCAGAAAAGUAAAGAUGCUUACGAAAACGACGCAUACAAACCCCACGCCCGAACUGGACACAAGAGUGUCGGCUACCGGCUCUUGAUUUCGCAGCUCCAAGUUCCAGGAUUUCUGCUCCCAUAUUUAUAGCGAAGUCGAGAAAUAAUUUGUUUUGUUUCUGCUGUAGAAAAUUAAAGGCUGAUUCUAGUUCAGCAUGACUUAAUAAAAGUGGCACGACGGA